AUGAGCGCAUUUGUGCGAGUGUCUGGCCGUCCGAAUACCAAUUUCCUGGUCGGGUACCCAGGAAUCUCCGCCACACUGCCUCGUAUUGAAGGGACUGUCGAAGUUCGUCCUGCGGUGGGCAUAUCGAGCCCGGUCAGUGUAUCCAUUGUCACCAUCUCUCUGCAACGUCGGGAGAGCAUCCAUCCUCAUGCAGACUCAGUGGCCAAGAAACAUCUGGCGGCGCCCAGGAAGGAGUCGACAGAAACCGUGGGAAAGGAAAUGCUAUUGUUCCGGUGUCCGGCCAACAGGGAGUCGGAGGAGAUCAUGUACAUGGACUUGCCCUUCGUCAUCUUCAUACCCUUUGGACGCGGAGGACAAGAGACGGCGAGGAGAGUGCCACCGGCCAGUUUACAACUCCCGAGGAGGACGGCGGAAACAUACUACGAGAUGGUGGUGACAGUCGGUUACGGAUCGGGAGAUCGCAAACAGUAUACCUUCCCCGUACCGAUCGCGCGGUAUGACACGCUCUCAACGUUCGGCAUGUACAAUCGGCCGGAAACGGCAGAACGAGUCUCGGAUCAUUUGGUGACCCUGGGCAUAUCGCUACCAAGAUGGUCGUACGGGCCGUUGGAUCCAGUCAGCGUAUACAUCAAGCUAUCGCCUAACCCGGAUUGGUUGAGCAAAGCACGCAAGGUGACGAUUCGGAAGAUCGAAAUUGGCAUUGAUGAGGAGGUCAUAUACAACCACGAAGGCGACGAGCCUCAAAGGAAAUCGAAGACUCUAGUCAAGAAGACGGAGAACGUGGGUGUGAAAAUGCCUGAGGCAGGCUACUUCACGAAUCUGGGACUUGUUUUCCCUGCGAAUGAUCUCCGAGACGCUGAUGGUAUCAUGCCUCGUGGCAAGGCCGGCUUCCCCUCGUAUUCAGUGACUGGAUUCACCACAACUGCGGGUUUGUACAAAGUCGAAUACUACUUGACCAUCAAGGCUUCGAUGAACGGUGCCAAAGACAUCGUUUUGAAACAACCAAUCGUAGUAUGUCCUCUGGAUCAUGCCGCAUGCAAGGCUGAAAUGGAGGCUAUCGAACAAGCCGCCCGAGACGCUUCGCAUGUAAAUGCAGACAAUCCAAUGCUCCCCCUGGCCACCAUCAUACGUGUCUCGGAUCCGAAUGCCAUGAGCUGCCUCGGCGUUGCCAUGGUCGGCUCGACGAAGAAGCCAUUGAUCGAGUGA